UGGCUGCCAUCUUUGUUGGGGCCCGAUGCCGGCGGAGAAGAUGGCGCUGGACGGGCCCGAGCAGAUGGAGAUGGACGACGGGAAGGGCGGCUCGGGGCUCCGGCAGUAUUACCUGUCCAAGAUCGAGGAACUGCAGCUCAUCGUGAAUGAGAAGAGCCAGAACCUGCGGCGGCUGCAGGCACAGAGGAACGAGCUCAAUGCCAAGGUGCGGCUGCUGCGGGAGGAGCUGCAGCUGCUGCAGGAGCAGGGAUCCUACGUGGGAGAGGUGGUGAGAGCCAUGGACAAGAAGAAGGUGCUGGUCAAGGUGCACCCGGAGGGGAAGUUUGUGGUGGAUGUGGACAAGAACAUCGACAUCAAUGAUGUGACCCCCAACUGCCGCGUGGCCCUGCGCAACGACAGCUACACCCUGCACAAGAUCUUGCCCAACAAGGUGGAUCCACUCGUGUCCCUCAUGAUGGUGGAGAAGGUCCCAGACUCCACCUACGAGAUGAUUGGGGGCCUGGACAAGCAGAUCAAGGAGAUCAAGGAGGUCAUCGAGCUGCCCGUGAAGCACCCAGAGCUCUUUGAGGCGCUGGGCAUCGCCCAGCCCAAGGGGGUGCUGCUCUACGGCCCCCCCGGCACAGGGAAGACCCUGCUGGCCAGGGCCGUGGCCCAUCACACUGACUGCACCUUCAUCCGCGUGUCUGGCUCCGAGCUCGUGCAGAAGUUCAUCGGGGAAGGGGCCCGUAUGGUGCGGGAGCUGUUCGUGAUGGCCCGGGAACAUGCACCCUCCAUCAUCUUCAUGGAUGAGAUCGACUCCAUCGGCUCGUCCCGCCUGGAGGGUGGCUCCGGCGGGGACAGCGAGGUGCAGCGCACCAUGCUCGAGCUCCUCAACCAGCUCGACGGCUUUGAGGCCACCAAGAACAUCAAGGUGAUCAUGGCCACGAAUAGGAUUGACAUCCUGGACUCAGCCCUGCUGCGCCCCGGCCGCAUCGACAGGAAAAUCGAGUUUCCUCCUCCCAACGAGGAGGCCCGCCUGGACAUCCUCAAGAUCCACUCCCGGAAGAUGAACCUGACCCGGGGCAUCAACCUGCGGAAAAUUGCGGAGCUGAUGCCGGGGGCCUCGGGGGCUGAGGUGAAGGGUGUGUGCACAGAGGCAGGAAUGUAUGCACUGAGGGAGAGGAGGGUGCACGUCACACAGGAGGACUUUGAGAUGGCCGUGGCCAAGGUGAUGCAGAAGGACAGUGAGAAGAACAUGUCCAUCAAGAAGCUGUGGAAGUAACGGUGAGGCCAGAGCUGUUCCCUCUGUGCUGUCAAUAAAGAGCUGCUGUGGCCUGGGCACCGAGUUGGGACUGAUUUGGGGACGGGGUGGGGGCUGCAAUACACUGCACACCCCCAGAGCUGCAGGACACAGCACACACCCCACAGAGCUGCUGCUAACUGCUUUUAUUAGAAAAGAUCCAAAUAGACAAAAACUGGUUACACAAGAGGCAGAGCAGGCACCCCUGAGCCCAACCCUGGGAAUCUGUAAACGCCGCCCCCACCUCAGGAGCCUGCAGGGGGGCAAAGGCACUUCAGUGGGGGUGGCAGUGGUGGCACUGUCCCUGUGGUCCCCUCCCUCCUCCCCAGUAUCUCCAGUUCUUGGUGCCCCUCUGCCACUACAGGCUCCUGGGGCAGAGCCCCCCCCUCUGCUGCCAAACCUCGUCAAGUGGUUAAUUAUGGAAUUAUGUAAAACAGCGGGAGGGGGGGAGGAAUAAACUGAUUGUCACAAAAUGAACCCCAACCCUCGGUUCCGUAUCCCCAGAGCAGCCCUGGGAGCCUCCCCGAGCCCCUGCAGAGCCCAGUGCAGGAAGAGGAACUCAAUAUAUUAAUUAAUUCAUCAAAUACAAACCCACUGUACAAAA